CUUGACUCCUUACCUUCAGUAUUCCGCCGCGUCUUGUAUUGAUAUCAUCACAAUUUGAACUUUUAAUCGACAUACAUUCGAAAUAAUUGCCGCUUAAAUAAAUAUUCGUAAAUUUGAUUUUAAAAAUUCGCGGAGACAUAAAAGAGGAAUAUUAAUAAACGACCGAACGCUCUUGAAGUUGAUCUUGAUAUGGGUGGUUUAACACAAAGGCCAUGGACGCCUACGAGAAGAAGAGGACCAAUUGCCGCCGAAUUUGGUAGUCCAGGGCCUGCAUGCGUCACACUUCCACCACUCUUGGGAAAAACUGUACCUGAUUCAAAGCGUGGGAGGGCACCAGCAUUUUCAUUUGGUAGCAGACACGGUAACAAAAACGACAGUCCUGGUCCAGGUCCUGGACAAUACAAUGUUUCUGGUCUCAGUGCAAAAGGAAAGGACGUUGCACCAGCACUUUCCCUCCAUGGUCGUACAAAAUCUGGAAAAAUCGAAGUGACACCAGCUCCUGGUGACUACGAUCCACAAAAGGCAGAAAAAAUUAUUCUCGACAAUUCGCCGAAAUAUUCAUUUGGAAUUAAAGUACAUUCGGAAAAAACCAGCGCCACUCCAGCGCCGGGCGAUUAUAAAGCUGAAAUUGUGAAUUUCGACAAUGUUCCUCAGUACAGUUUCGGCAUAAAAACCAUGACGGAAAAGCCGAAUGACACUCCUGCACCUGGUACCUAUUGUCCAGAGAAAGUAAGACUUGAUAGAGCUCCAGAAUUUACUUUCGGUCUGCGCACUCAAUUAGAGAAACCUAAUGAAACACCAGCUCCUGGAACUUACUGUCCUGAAAAAGUGAACCUCGACAAAGGUCCCCAAUACAGUUUAACUGGCAAAGGCAAUGCCGAUAAACCCGAUAAUCUUCCAGCUCCAGGAACAUAUUCGCCAGAGAAGGUGAAUCUCUUUAAAUCCUUACAGUUUACUUUUGGACUUAGAACACCAACGGAGAAACCUAAUGAUAUGCCAGCGCCCGGAACUUAUUGUCCCGAAAAGACAAAUUUACACAAAGGUCCAGAGUACAGUUUAUAUGGAAAAGGUCCAAACGAAAAACCUAAUAAUACACCCGCUCCUGGAACGUAUUGUCCGGAAAAAUUCAAUUUGAAUAAAGGUCCAGAAUACAGUUUAUAUGGAAAAGGACCUUGCGAAAAACCAAGCGAUGUUCCUGCUCCUGGAACAUAUAGUCCCGAGAAAGUAAAUUUACAUAAAGGUCCAGAAUAUAGUUUAUAUGGAAAAGGUUUAUCAGAAAAGCCAAAUGAUAAUCCAGCACCUGGAGAAUAUAGUCCGGAGAAAGUCAAUUUACACAAAGGUCCGGAAUAUAGUUUAUAUGGAAAAGGUGCUUCUGAGAAACCAAUCGAUACACCAGCUCCUGGUGCUUAUUGUCCUGAGAAAGUAAAUUUACAUAAAGGUCCAGAAUACAGUUUAUAUGGAAAAGGUUUAUCAGAAAAGCCAAAUGAUAAUCCAGCACCUGGAGCAUAUAGUCCGGAGAAAAUCAAUUUACACAAAGGUCCGGAAUAUAGUUUAUAUGGAAAGGGUCUCUCAGAGAAACCAAGUGAUACUCCCGCACCUGGAACGUACAGUCCUGAGAAAGUAAAUUUAAACAAAGGUCCCGAAUACAGUUUAUCCGGAAAGGGUGCAUCGGAAAAACCAAACGACAUUCCAGCUCCCGGAACGUAUAGUCCUGAGAAAGUCAAUUUACAUAAAGGACCAGAGUAUAGUUUAUAUGGAAAGGGUCAAUCAGAAAAGCCAAAUGACUUCCCAGCUCCCGGAACAUAUAGUCCUGAAAAAUUCAAUUUACACAAGGGACCAGAAUACAGUUUAUACGGAAAAGGUUUAGAGGAAAAACCAAAUGACAUGCCAGCUCCAGGUACGUACAGUCCUGAAAAAGUAAAUCUACACAAGGGGCCGGAAUAUAGUUUAUAUGGAAAAGGUCAACAAGAGAAACCAAAUGAUAUUCCCGCUCCUGGAACGUACAGUCCUGAAAAAGUAAAUCUACAUAAGGGGCCAGAAUAUAGUUUAUAUGGGAAAGGUUCAUCAGAAAAGCCAAACGAUGUGCCAGCUCCUGGAACCUACAGUCCUGAGAAAUUUAACUUAAAUAGAGGUCCAGAAUACAGUUUAUAUGGAAAAGGUCUAAUGGAAAAGCCGAAUGAUGUACCAGCUCCCGGAACGUAUAGUCCAGAGAAAAUGAAUUUAAACAAAGGCCCUGAGUAUAGUCUAUAUGGGAAAGGACAUUGUGAAAAACCUAACGAAGUCCCUGCUCCUGGAACUUACAGUCCGGAAAAAUUUAAUUUAAAUAAAGGACCAGAAUAUAGUUUAUAUGGAAAAGGUUCUUCGGAAAAACCCACAACUACUCCUGCUCCAGGAGCUUACAGUCCUGAGAAAGUGAAUUUAAAUAAGGGACCAGAAUACAGUUUAUAUGGUAAACCAACACUUGGAAAAUUGAAUGAAAACCCUGGUCCUGGAGAAUACUGUCCGGAAAAAGCGAUGUUGAUGCUUGAGAAAGCGUUUCAUUUCACUUUCGGCUUAAGAUCAUCAGUGGAAAGAUUAAACAAUAUUCCUGGACCUGGUGCUUACGAAGCAAUAAAACCCGAUGCAAUUAGAUCAAAAAGUCCAGCGUACAGCAUAAGUGCAAGAUUCCAAUUGCCGAAUGAUCAUUCACAAAAACCUGGACCUGGUGCUCACUGUCCUGAAAAGGUUCACUUGGACUAUCCGCCAGCGCAUACUUUUGGAAUUCGACAUUCACAGUACGUUUGUAAUUUAAAAGACGCUGUGUAUUAAUUUUUUACUAUGUUUGCUUUUUCUAUUUGACUGGAAACUUAUAUGAAGAUAAUCAAGAAAUAACCGCUGAGCUAUAAGUUAAUUAAUUUUCAAAAUUCUUAAUUCUAUUGGCGUAAGAAAAUUUUUUUUUACUUAUUUCAAAAAAUUAGUUCUACUCGUCAUUUGUAAUAUAUUGCUCUCUUACAUUAAUGGAACUCAAAAAUAGAACUUUCAUUGAAGAAAAAAUAAUACUUUCUUUGUUUGAAAGCAGCACGAAUUUUCUGAAUUUUCAAAAAAUUGAUAAUUAAUGUUUUAGAACUAACAUUAAAAAAAUAGUAUUAUUAACUUUGUUAAUAUGUAUUGAUAAAAACUGGUUCCAAAUAAGAAAGCAUUAUAAAGAUGACAACAUGGAAAAAAUGUGUUAAAUUUUAAUAAUUUUAUGUUAUGUAUAAGAUCGAAAUUUUAAUGACAAAAUAUUUGAUAUUAUAUUCUUGUAUUUUUGAACUGAAUCUAAAAAAAUUCGGUAAUAAACUUCGCUCUUUAAAAUAUGCUUGAUGUCAGCAAAAAAUUCUCGCCUGCAUUGUCAAUAUCAUUUUAUUACAGACUUUAGUUUGUUAUUUGUUUAACCGUU